GUUGGGCAGCUCCACAGCCGACGACGCCAUCCAAACCGGACUCGAAACUCGACUUCGGGACUCGAAAUAGACGACUCGGCAACACCCGCGAGAUUCCGCCGCUUCCUGCCUGCCCGCCCACUUCCCCGACUUCCUGUUGAUCCAUUCCUGCCCGACACCGUCCCCAAAUGAAGCCCCUGCUGCCCGCGCCAUAGACACCUCUUUCUACCCACCCGGCCCGGGUUACGGCACCCAACAGUCGAGAUGCUGGAAGGCCUGGUUGCGGGGCUUUUGAACCGCUUCCUGGGCAUGUAUGUGAAGAACUUCGACCCCGCUCAGCUCAAAGUUGGCAUCUGGUCCGGCGAUGUCAAGCUCAGCAAUCUCGAGCUCCGCCGCGAGGCGCUCGACCAGCUCAAGCUCCCCAUCAACGUGGUCGAGGGCCAUCUCGGCGAGCUGACACUGGUCAUCCCAUGGUCCAAUUUGCGUGGCGCCCCUGUCCAGGUCUUCAUUGAGGACGUCUUCCUACUCGCGUCGCCGAAGGAGGAGGCCGAAUACAACGAGGAGGAGGAGGCGCGCCGGAAACAGAGAAUAAAGAUGGAAAAGCUCGACUCCGCUGAGCUGCUGAAGGAGAGGUCGAAGGAGGGUCUCAGCCAGGAGGAGCAGAAGCGCACGCAGAGCUUCACCGAGAGCCUUGUGACCAAGAUUGUGGACAACCUGCAGGUCACCGUCAAGAACAUCCAUGUCCGCUACGAGGACGCCAUCUCCGCCCCCGGCCACCCCUUUGCGCUCGGCAUCACUCUCGAGGAGUUCAGUGCCGUCAGCACCGAUAGCGAAUGGACGCCCACCUUCAUUCAACAUGCAUCCGAGACCACCCACAAGCUUGCCACCCUGGAGUCUCUGGCUGUGUACUGGAACACGGACACCAAGCUCAUGGGACCCGGCCGCGAGGCCAUGACGCCGGGAGUCGAGAUGACGCCCCACGAUGAGCUCUUGGCCAACUUCAAGUCCAUGAUUGUGAGGAGCGACAACGAUCUGUCCGGUGAUCACCAGUUCAUCUUGAAGCCUGUGUCUGGCCAAGCCAAGAUUGAGCUUGACAAGACGGGGAGUCCGCAAGUGCCGAAAUUCAAGGCCAACCUCCUCUUUGACGAGAUCGGUCUUGUUCUCGAUGACCAGCAGUACCGGGAUGCUCUGAUGAUGGUGGAUCGCUUCCAUUACUUCAUCCGGCAUCAGGAGUACAAGAAGUACCAGCCCAAGGGAGUGACACCUAAGGAGGAUCCGCGCGCCUGGCUCAAGUUCGCCGGCGAUGCCGUUCUGAGCAAGAUCCACGAACGCAACCGCCGAUGGUCCUGGGACUACUUCCGAGAACGCAGGGACGACAGGCGGCGGUACAUCGAGCUGUUCAAAAAGAAGAAACAGGACCAGCAGCUGACCCCCGAAGAGAAUGACGAUCUGAACAGGCUGGAGUGGAAGCUUAGCUAUGAAGAUCUUCGCUUCUGGCGCUCAUUGGCCCGCAACCAGCUCAAGAAGGAAAACGCGGAAGCCCUCAAGAACCGCCCUCCAGCCCCACAACAGCAGCAGCAGCAGCAGGGCUGGUUGUCCUGGGUCUGGGGCGCGAAACCCCCGCAGCAACAGGAGAAAGAAGACGAGACGGAGAAUACUCAGAUCACCGAGGAGCAGCGCAAGGAACUCUACGAGGUCAUUGACUGGGACGAGAAGGCUGCGCUCGCUGCCGAGGUCGACGUGCCCAGAGACUCUGUCAAGAUGCAAAUUGAGACGUCCCUGAGCACUGGGAGCUUCACGCUCAAGCAGAGCCCCCACGGCCCCACCAGGGACCUGAUCAGCCUGCACUUUGAUGUCUUCAAAGCCAAGGGCCUCAAACGGCCCGACUCUUUUCUGGUGGACCUGAGCCUGGGCGGCUUCCGUGUCAACGAUGGCACGACGCCGAGGAGCUUGUACAAGGAGAUCGUCCGCGUCAAGGACGCACCCACCAGGAGCGCCCAGAAGCGCCUGUCCAUCGCCGAGCUUGAGAAGACCAGCGAUGAACCCUUCUUCCAGUUUCAGCUGGAGCAAAACCCCUUGGAUGAACAGGGCGACGUCGCCGUGACCGCCAAGCUGAAGCCGCUGGAGAUCGUCUGGAAUCCGAACGUCGUCGUCGGCGUUGCCGACUUUUUCAGACCUCCUGAGCGCCACAUGGAAUCCAUCAACGCCCUCAUGGAGACUGCUGGCGCCACAGUGGAAGGCCUGCGUGAGCAAACCAGGGCUGGACUCCAGUUUGCUCUCGAGGAGCACAUGACCGUCAAUGCGAAGUUGGACCUGCAGGCCCCGCUCAUCAUCGUCCCCGAGACCAUCGUCAGCAGGAGCUCUCCAUGCUUGAUACUCGACGCAGGUCACAUCAGCGUCACCAGCGAACUUGUCGACAAGGACACAACCAAGGAGAUCCAGUCCAAACAGACGCAGACCCGCACCGACGAGGAUCUCAAGCAGCUAGAGUCCCUGAUGUACGACCGUUUCCUCGUUAAACUGACGUCGACCCAACUCCUGAUCGGGCCAUCAGUGGAGCAAACAAAGAAGCAGCUGGUGGAGAGGGACGACAAGCUCAUGUUCCACGUUGUCGACAAGAUUAACGUUGACUUCGUCGUCGAGACAUCGAUCCUCCCUAAGGCGCCGAACCUCACCAAACUCAGGGUCUCCGGGCACAUGCCUGUGCUCCAAGCCAGCGCCUCAGACUCCAAGUACAAGACACUCAUGCGGAUCAUCGAUGCUGCGAUGCCCAAGCUCGGUGCCAACCAGUCUUCUCCCCAUCAAGAUGACACCCCGCGUAAGCGGCCUCGGCAUGAGAGCAGCGCGUCGGCCCGCUCACGUAGGCUGAGUGAGAAAAGAUCCUCUUCUCAAUUCUUGCCCUUCGCAACAGAGCAGCAAGCCAUCAUUGUCGACGACGACGAGCUUGACAACGGCCACGACAUGUUCGAAGACGCUGAGCAGGGCUCGGAUGACGAACAGCUGAGGAUGCAGCAACGCAUCUUUGAAUUCAGGUUCACAGUAGACAAGCUUAAGGGUUCCCUGUAUCGCAGCGAUCCCGAUAGAAGACGGCCCGACCAGCUGCUUGUCGAGCUCGUUGCGGAGCGCUUUGGUGUCGAGUUCCACCUCCGGCCCUACGAUAUGGGUGCCGAUGUCACCCUGGGGUCCGUCACUGUGGACGACUUCGUGGAGAACCCGCCGGCUGAGUUCAAGUCGAUCGUGUCAUCCGGCGACGUUGAGGACCGCCGGGAGGCAAGAGACCUUGUACACGUCAAGUUUGUCAGGGUCAAGAAGGAGUCGCCUGAGUUCAUGGCUGGCUACGAAGGUGUUGAGACCAAUGUCGAUGUGGCCAUCUCCACCAUCAACUUGGUGGUCACACGCCGGACACUGCUCACUCUGCUGGAUUACAUUCUCGUCACCUUUACCAACAACAAUAACGAGAACCAAUCUCCUCGUGGCCCCUCGCAAAAGGCCCUCACGGAUCAGGACUCGGAGACAGACGUUGUCGUGGAGCGUCCAUCCCCGGCGGAGCAGCAGGAGGGUGGCGCAAUCAGGGUCAAGGUGGAUCUCAAGAGUAUCCGGCUGAUUCUGAAUAAUGACGGGAUCCGGCUGGCCACCUUGUCCUUCAACCAUGCGGAUAUCAGCGUCUUCCUCCUCGGUCGAACGAUGCGCGUUGCGGCGAGGCUCGGAGACCUGAGUUUGGUCGACGACAUUAAUCUCGGCGUCUCAGAGGACUCGAGCCUGCGUCAGCUGGUCACAAUUCAAGGCGACGAACUUGCCGACUUACGAUACGAGACCUUCGACCCCUCCAAGGUCGAGCGGUAUCCAGGCUACGACUCUUCCUUCCAUCUGCGGGCCGGUUCCGUCAAAGUGAACUUCCUCGAAGAACCGUUCCGGAAGAUCGUUUACUUCCUCGUCAAGUUCGGCAAAAUGCAGGCCAUAUACAACGCCGCGAGGCAGGCUGCCGCGAAUCAAGCCAAUCAGCUGCAGCAAAGCCAGAGUCGCAUCAAGUUCGACAUCAUAGUCAAGACCCCGAUCGUCGUGUUCCCUCGGGUCCAAGUCCUCGAACGUCCGAAACGGGACGUGAUCACGGCGUAUCUCGGCGAAAUUUACGCCCUCAACAAGUUCGCGCCGCUCGACGACUCGGAGGAUUCAGACAUCGCCAUGAAGCUCUCGGCUGGCAUCCGUAACGUCAGGCUGACGUCCAAUUUCCACUACAGCAAUGACCGUGAGGAGGAACUGGAGCUCAUCGACCACGUUGACAUGGGGUUCAAGAUCACGUAUGCCGAGCACAAGAACGGUGUGAAGCGCCCAGACCUGGAGAUCGAGGGCUCCAUGACCGAUUUCAACCUCCGCCUAACGCCGUACCAGCUCAAUGCCCUGCUCGAGAUAUCCAGGUCAGUGCCUGCGGUCUUUGCGGGAGAUGCCGAACAGCAUGCCGCCGAGGCCGAGCGGGAUGUCGACGGCGCAACCCUCGAACGCGCCCGGACGAUGCCCGGGUAUGGCGGAACUGGCACGAACGAGCAGCUGAUCGACAUGCGCCCGGAGCUCGGGACGCACGGCGAGGCAUGGACCAAGUUAGACCUCAUGUUUACCGUCAAGGAGAUUGGACUCGAGUUGAUCAACGCCUCCGAGGAUGCUCCUGUCGGCGACCUUGGCGCUGCCGGUCUGUCCAAAUUCAGUCUCAACUCGACUCGUCUCAAGACUCGCAUGGAUUCCAAUGGCAGCCUGGAAGCCGAGUUUGCCAUCCAGGCCUUUACCAUCUACGACACGCGGCGCCGCGACACAAACAAGUUCAGGCGCAUCAUGACGAGCAGUAACACAAGUGUCGAGCAGCUCAUGGCCAGCAUUACCAUGUCGGGUGGCAAGGACCGGAACAUCAUCGCCGUGGUUGCCAUCGACAGUCCCCGCUUCAUUUUCGCGCUGGACUACGUCUUCGCAAUCCAGAGGUUCAUCACAGUCGGGACACAGGUCAACGAGCCGGGCCUCCCCGAGCGAAGCCCACUGGGAAGUCCCGAGGAGAUGAGCGAUGCGGAUUCUGUCCAGGUCAACUUCUCGGGUAGGCGUUCGGAGAGUAGCAGCAGCCAGGCUGUUCAGAGCACCUCGCAUUCGCAGCCGCCGGAAAACAAGGAGCCUAAGACGAGCGUGGCAUACCGGGUCAAUAUCGUUGAUGCGCAAGUCAUCCUGAUCGCCAACCCAUUGAGCACCAGCUCGGAAGCGAUUGUCUUGGGUACCAAGCAAGUUGUUCUUUCGCAGCAACACGCGCUCACAUUCCAAGUCUCACAAUGCGGCAUGUUCCUGUGCCGCAUGGAUCGAUUUGAUGACACACGCCUCCGGAUCAUCGACGACUUCUCCGUCCAGCUGUCCGUAGACAACUCGCAGCCCUCGGCAACCAAGAUCUUCGCUGAUAUCGAGCCCCUGAUCCUUCGGCUGUCGCUGCGCGACAUUCUCCUCGUUAUGCAGACUGUUUCCAAGGCCUCAGAGUUGUCAGGCGGUGAUUAUGUUACUCCGGCGGCCAUGGCGUCAGACCAAAAAGCAAAACAGUUGAAGGCAUCGGGGUUGACGCCGAGAACGGCGAGCGGCAAGGGACCGUCGACCUUGGCGACGAAGACCAAGCGAACGAGCAAAAGCGCAGGUAGCGCCUCGCAGUGGAUCGGACAUCCGCAGCCCCAUGAUAUUGUCAAGCCGCCAUCGAAGUACGAGGAGCUCACCCUUACAGUUGAAGGUGUACGUGUUGUGCUUCUCGGCGACAUCCACGAACUUCCGAUCCUCGAUAUGAGCGUCAAGAAUUUUACUGCGACCGCGGAAAACUGGUCGUCAAACCUCCGGGCGGAAACCGCCAUUGACAUGUACACCAACGUCUACAACUUUGCCAAGUCGGCCUGGGAGCCCCUGAUUGAACCCUGGCAGGUUGGUUUCGGCAUUGCGCGAGGCCAGAACACCGGCGUUCUGUCGGUUGACGUGGCGUCCAAGCGCAACUUCGACGUUACCAUCACUACUGCCAGCAUUGCUCUCUUCUCCAAGUCCUUCGCCUUUUUCGCCCAGGAUCAAGACGUGCUCAGUAAGCCUCGGGGUGUCGAGGCGCCGUACCGUAUCCGAAACUACACUGGCUUCGACGUUGUGAUGCACGCCAAGCGUCAGGGCAGCGACGAGGUCACGUCUCUGCGUCUCGCCGACGGGCAGGAAGUACCAUGGAGCUUCGAGGACUGGGAGAAGAUGCGCGAGAGCCUGCUCACCGAUACCAGCGCGGCGAACAGCGUCGCAGUCCAACUCGAAGGGAGCGGCUUCGACAUGGUGAAGAAGAUACGGCUGACUCGAGAGGGCGAGUUCCUCUACGCCUUGAAGCCCAAGGCUGACGAGGUGCUGCACAAACUUCUGGUGGAGAUCAAGCUUGGCACCGACAAUGUCAAGUAUGUCACGCUGCGCAGUCCGCUGCUGGUCGAGAACGAGACGGACCUUCCAGUCGAGCUCGGCGUGUACGAUGCCCACGAGGGCCACUUGCUCAAGAUCGAGAAGAUCGCGCCUGGUGAGAGCCGACCGGCCCCUGUCGGCGCGGCUUAUCUGAAGAGCUUGCUCGUCCGUCCCGAUCCGGGUUUCGGAUACGGAUGGAGCACCGACACGCUCUGGUGGAGGGAUCUGCUCAGGCGGCCGACAAGGACGCUGGUUUGCAAGGGGGAGCACGGGGAUCCGUUCUACUUCCAGAUGUCGGCGCGCUGGGACAAGUCCAACCCGAUGACGAGAAACUAUCCAUACAUGCGCCUGAAACUCUCUGCGCCUGUCACCCUGGAGAAUCUCUUGCCGUAUGAUUUCAAGUACCGGAUCUACGACAAGAACACCAAAAAGGACUGGCCCAACUUCCUCCGCAAGGGGGGUGUCAGCCCCGUCCAUGUUGUUGAGUUGUCUCACCUCUUACUGCUCAGCAUCGACAUGCAGGAUACCCUGUUCAAGCCCAGCGAGUUUGCCAUCAUCAACGCCGGCGCCACCGACGACUUCAAGAAGGAAACCCACCUCGUCUGCAAGGACGACGCUGGUAUGGCUUUGAAUCUCAGGCUGCAUUACUUCCGGAUUCCGGACAGCGGCGGGGCCUUCAAGGUUACAGUCUACAGCCCCUACGUGGUCCUAAACAAGACGGGUUUGGACGUGAGCAUCCGCUCCAAGAGCUUCAUGCAACAAGCCAGGGCGGCAGCAGGGCAGGCCCUUAUCGACCUGGGUGACGGGGGCGAGCGAAAGACGCAACCUCUCAUGUUCUCGUUCAACAGCGACGACCACAGAAACCGCGCGAUCUUGAAAGCGGGGGACUCAGAAUGGAGCAAGCCGCAGAGUUUCGACGCCAUCGGGAGCACGACGGAGGUUGUGCUCCGUUCUGCCGCCAAGAACGCUGAGAUCCACCUUGGCAUCACUGUCGACUCGGGCCUGGGCAAGUACAAGAUGGUCAAAACGGUGACGCUGGCGCCGAGGUACGUCAUCCAGAACAAGCUUGGAGAGGACAUCAACGUCCGCGAGCCUAGCUCCUCCAGCUUGAUGUUGCUCAAGAACGGCUCGCUUCGGCCGCUGCAUUACCUCCAGAACGGCGCCGUCAAGCAGUUGUGUUUCUGCUACCCCGGUUUCGACAACCAAUGGACGGCGCCCUUCAACAUCUCGGACCUGGGCAUCACGCACCUUAAGAUUGCUAGGGCCGGCCAGCGGCAGAGGCUCAUCCGGGUCGAGAUCCUCAUGGAAGACGCGACCAUCUUCUUGAACCUCAGCAUGGAGCAGAGGAACUGGCCGUUCUCGAUGCGUAACGAGAGCGACACCGAGUUCACGUUCUACCAGGUCAAUCCCAGCCUCGACGAUGAUGGCACUGAGGACCGAUCGGGAUGGAGGCCGGUCCGGUACCGCCUCCCGCCGCGGAGCAUCAUGCCGUAUGCUUGGGACUUCCCAGCCGCCAAGCACAAGGAGAUCUGCAUCAACGCGUACAACAGGGAGCGGCAUGUGAAGCUGGCCGAGAUUGGUAACCUGAUGCCCAUGAAGGUCGUUGGCGCAAACGGCCAGUCCAAGAUCAUCGACAUCAACGUGACCGCCGACGGCCCGACACAAACGCUGAUCUUGUCCAACUUCAAACAGUCGAAGAGUCUGUACCGGCAGCGGUCGAAUGCCGGGUCGGCCAGCAGCCGGGAGGGCUUCGAAGCCAAGGAACUGGACACCAACACGACAUUCAGCGCGCAGUUGAGGCUGUCCGGGAUCGGCAUCUCCCUCAUCAACUCGCAGCUGAAGGAGCUAGCGUACCUCACUUUCAGGGAUGUCCAGCUCCGAUACAGCGACUCGCCCAUGUACCAGACGGUGAGUCUGGCUGUGAAGUGGAUCCAGAUCGACAACCAGCUGUACGGUGGUAUCUUCCCUAUGAUCCUCUACCCCAGCGUUGUUCCAAAGAGAGCGCAGGAAAUCGAGGCGCAUCCGUCGCUCCACGCUAUGGUAACGCGGGUCAAGGACGACUCGUACGGUGUGGAGUACAUCAAGUAUGCCACUGUGCUGCUCCAGGAAAUGACGGUUGAGCUCGACGAAGACUUCAUCUAUGCAGUGCUCGAGUUCUCCAAGGUUCCUGGCGCAUCCUGGUCGUCAACCGAAGAGGAGGACAAGCUGUGCGACGACAACAUCGACAUUCCGCAGCCGAAGCAGCAACAGUCCGGCAGGGACAUCUACUUCGAGGUGCUCAACAUCCAGCCGAUGCAGCUGGACCUCUCGUUCGUCCGGACGGAGAGGGUCAACGUGGAGGACAAGACGUCGUCGAAGAACCCCAUCAUGUUCUUCUUCAACGUCAUGACCAUGGCCAUCGGCAACGUCAACGACGCGCCGGUGCGCUUCAACGCGCUGAUGCUCGAGAACGUGCGGGUGUCCAUCCCGGUCCUGAUCCAGAACAUCUCGAACCACUACAGCCAGGAGGCGCUGUACCAGAUCCACAAGAUCCUGGGCAGUGCGGAUUUCCUCGGCAACCCCGUCGGCCUGUUCAACAACAUCAGUUCGGGGCUGUCCGACAUCUUCUACGAGCCCUACCAGGGUCUGAUAAUGUCGGACAAGCCCGAGGAUUUCGGCCUCGGCCUCGCGCGCGGCGCGGGCUCGUUCUUCAAGAAGUCGGUCUACGGCUUCACCGACUCCUUCUCCAAGGUCACGGGCAGCUUCGCCAAGGGGCUCGCGGCGGCAACCAUGGACAAGCAGUUCCAAGACCGGCGGCGCAUCACGCGGGCCCGCAACCGGCCCAAGCACGCGCUCUUCGGCGUCACGGCGGGGGCCAACAGCUUGCUUACCUCAGUCGCCUCGGGCGUCGGCGGGCUCGCGCGCAAGCCGCUCGAGGGCGCCGAGCAGGAGGGCGCCCUGGGCUUCUUCAAGGGCCUCGGCAAGGGCGUGGUGGGUCUCGCGACGAAGCCGGCGAUCGGCGUGCUCGACUUCGCGUCCAACGUGUCGGAGGGCGUGCGCAACACGACGACGGUGUUCGACGGCACCGAGCUCGACCGCGUGCGGCUGCCGCGGCACAUCCCCGCCAACGGCGUGGUGCGGCCGUACAGCCAGCGCGAGGCGCUCGGCCAGAGCUGGCUCAAGCAGGUCGACAACGGCAAGUACUUUGACGAGCAGUACAUCGCGCACCUGGAGCUGCCGACCGAGGACGUGGUGGUCAUGGUCACGUACGCGCGCCUGCUGCUCAUCCGCAGCCGCCGGCUGCAGACCGAGUGGGACGUGCCGCUCAAGGACGUGCAGACCUUCGCCAAGGAGCGCACCGGCAUCAGCGUCGUCCUGCGCGGCGGCAUCAACGGGCCCUUCAUCCCCAUCGCCGAGGAGAGCGGGCGUGCCUUCUUCUACAGGAUGCUCGGCGUCGCUGUUGAGGAGUAUAACCGGCGCUUCAAGGGGUUGGAGUAGGUCGCUGGCGGUAUUUGGAACGGGAAACAAAAAAAAAUGAGGGGGAUGGGGAGAUUCUGGAAAGAGGAUGAGGCGUAUAUGGCGGAUGGUGGGUGGAGGGAGGUGGUGGAUGGAGAGAGCGGCAGAUCGUGGCGAGGUUUGGGUGGAUGGACAUCCGUGGUUUUCGGUGUUUUUUUACAGUUCCUGUGAUGCAUACCUUUUGACUGGGUGUUAGUUAGCAGAUGAGACGAUGACAACGCCCUAAACAUAUGGUUUCGUGUACUGCGUAAUACCUACGAUUCACCUCACCAAGGGAGAUGCAAAAGUCGAGGGAAUGACUUUGUUUACGCUCAAGUCAAUUUUGUGAGAAGUUGGUUAGCC